UGUGAUUUGUUUGUAUUUCUCUUUGGAUUUUGUUACUGCAUAACUAGCAAGUCUCCAUUUAGCAAUGCGUCCGCGCCACGGUCAUGGAGAUUUCUUCCUCCCCCUGUCUGGUGUUUUUUGUCCGCAUCUUCUUGUUGUUUGUAGCGCAUGUUUAUUCAUUGACUGAUGAUGAGUCUGCGCUUCUCGCCUUGAAAGCCUACAUCGAUCCUGAAACUCCAAAUAUCUUGGCAAGCUGGACAACGAAAUCUUCAGUUUGCAACUGGAUUGGUGUCACUUGCGGUGGCCAACCCCAGAGGGUCAUGGCCUUGAACCUUACAUCCAUGGGUCUAGAUGGCACCCUCCCUCCGCAAAUUGGUAAAGUUCCAUCAGCUUUAGGCAACAUAACUUCACUGAAGAAGAUCUAUCUGAGUAAAAAUCAGCUCUCAGGUUUCAUUACCUCUAGCAUUUUUAAUGUUUCUUCACUGCAAAUAAUUGAUCUCAGCUUCAAUAGGCUAGGUGGAAGACUUCCAGUAGAUAUGUUUAAUCGUCUUCCAGACUUAAAGGAGCUAUAUCUAUCUGGGAAUCAACUUUAUGGACAGAUCCCAAGCAGUUUAGUCAACUGCUGGCAGCUAGAAGUACUAUAUUUGCCUUCUAAUAAUUUCACAGGAACCAUACCAACAAAGCUUGGGAAUUUAACCAUGCUCAAGGAAUUGUAUCUCAGCAAUAACAUCUUGGAAGGUCGUAUACCAAGCAGUAUUGGGAACUGUACAUCACUCACUCUCUUGGACCUGGCUGAUAACUCAUUUGAUGGUCUUAUUCCUAACACAAUUGUCAAUUUGAAAAAUCUCCAAAAACUCAAUUUGGCCCAUAAUGCCUUAACCAUUGAAUCCUCCACUCUAGAAUCUAGCUUUAUCAAUUCAUUGACAAAUAACAUGCAUUUGAGAAGGAUAGUGUUAUCAGGCAAUCCUCUAGAUACCAUGCUCCCUAUGUCCAUUGGAAAUCUCUCCACUUCUCUUGAAUACCUUUGGUUAACUGAUUGCAAACUUCAUGGCAGAAUUCCAUCUGAAGUUGGCAACUUAAGCAGCUUGGUUGCCUUAAGACUGGGAAACAAUGAACUGACGGGUGUUAUUCCAAACACAAUUGGAAGACUACAAAAGUUGCAAGGUUUGCACCUUCAAGGGAAUAAAUUGCAAGGAACAAUCCUCUAUGAUUUUUGUAAGUUGAGCAGCUUGUUUGAAUUGUUUUUAAGUGGUAAUGAGCUUUCUGGAUUAAUACCAGAAUGCUUAAGUAAUCUCACAACUCUAAGAAAUCUCAGCUUAAGCUCUAAUAGAUUAAAUUCCACAAUACCUUCCAGCUUGUGGAGCCUUAGGGAUAUCCUGGCCAUAAACAUGUCAUCAAAUUCUUUGCAAGGGUCUCUUCCGUUUGAUAUUGAAAAUUUGAAGGUUGUGAUAGAAAUUGAUUUGUCAAAGAAUCAGUUUUCAGGCUACAUUCCACACAUCUGGAACCUCCAGAGUCUAGAAUAUCUCUCGUUGGCAGUAAAUAGAUUGCAAGGUCCCAUUCCAAAAUCCCUUGUUAGAUCUCUAAGCUUGGAAUUCUUGGAUCUCUCUCAUAACAAACUGUCUGGAGUAAUUCCUAAGUUCUUGGUACAGCUCCACCUUAUAUAUUUUAAUGUAUCUUUUAAUGAACUCGAAGGAGAAAUACCUAGUGGAGGAACCUUUGAUAACUUCACAGCCCACUCAUAUGUCAUGAACAAAGCACUUUGUGGUGCAGCACGAUUGCAAGUUCCAACAUGCAGGACUGGUACUUCCAAAAGAUCACGGAGACCUAUUUUGACUCUUGCAAAGAUUCUGUUGCCAAUAAUUGCAUCAAUGUGUAUCCUGCCACAGAUGUACAGGGCAAUAAAACACUGCUUGAAAAAGAGAAAGGAUCCACUUUUAACAACAAAUAGAACAAUUCUAUACCAAGAAAUUGUGCUAGCAACAGAUGGAUUUAGCGAAAGUAACAUAAUUGGCACUGGGAGUUUUGGUUCUGUUUACAAGGGAGCAAUGAAGGAGGAGAAGAAUGUUGCAAUAAAGGUUUUCAAUUUGCAUCCAGAAAGAGGAUUGAGGAGUUUUCAGGUUGAAUCUGAAUUGCUUUCCAAUGCUCGUCAUCCUAAUCUUGUCAAACUCAUGAACAGUUGCUGUGAUGAUGAUUUCAGAGCCUUGGUGCUAGAAUAUAUGCCCAAUGGGACCCUGGACAAGUGGCUUUACACUCACAAUUAUUUUUUGAAUCUCUUGCAAAGACUCGACAUUAUGAUAGAAGUUGCAUCAGCCAUGAGCUACCUUCACUCGAUACACAUAAUUCACUGUGAUUUAAAACCUAGCAAUAUCCUGCUAGAUGAAGACAUGAUUGCUCGUGUAAGUGAUUUCAGUAUUGCCAAACGCUUAGGUGAAAAUGCUACAAUGCAAACAAGGACCAUGGCCACUUUGGGGUACAUGGCACCAGAGUAUGGAUCGAGUGGAAUUAUAUCUGAAAAAACAGAUGUGUACAGCUUCGGUAUUCUACUCAUGGCAACAUUUACCGGAAAGAAGCCCACAGAUGAUAUGUUUGAUGGAGAAAUGAACUUGAGGCUCUGGAUAUAUGAGUCAUUACCUCAUUCAGUAGACAGAUUUAUUGAUGUCAGUUUGCUGCAAAGUGAUCAGGAAGACAUAGCAGCUAAAACAAAAUGUGUGAGAUCAAUCAUGAAAGUUGCUUGGUUUUGUACUGCAGAGUCAAGUCUUGAGAGGAAGACCAUGGCUGAAGUUCAGUUUGAGCUCCAUAGGAUCAAAUCACGUUUUUUAAUUGACACUGAAUUGAUAGAAUAUCCUAGGAUUUCGUACCAAGAGCUUAAGUUAGCAACAGAUGGAUUUAGUGAAAGGAACCUGCUUGACUUGGGUGAAUUCUGUGUCGUGUACAAAGGAAUACUGAAAGACAAGAGGAUUGCAGCAAUAAAGAUUUUUAAUACACAAAGAAGAGGGUUUGAGAGUUUUGAAGUUCAAUCUCAAGUGCUGCCCUUUAUUCGUCAUCGGAAUGUUGUCAAAAUUUUGAAAUGCUGCAGCGACGUUGAUUUCAAAGCCUUGGUGCUGGAGUACAUCCCCAACUUGUCUCUUCAAAAGUGGCUUUAUCGAAUUUACCCUGGCUCGAAUAUUUUGAACUUUUUGAAAAGGCUUGAUAUAAUGAUAAACGUGGCAUCAGCUUUGUGUUAUCUUCAUACUAUGCGUGUCAUUCACUGCAAUUUAAACCCAAGCAAUGUCCUGCUAGAUAAUGAUAUGGUAGCUCGUGUAAGUGGCUUCAGCGUUGCCAAAUGCUUAGAAAAAGGGAUUGGUGCAACAAAUACCACCACCAUGGCCACUGCUGGCUAUAUGGCACCAGAGUAUGAAUCAAUGGGAAUUGUUUCUGAGAAAACCGACGUGUACAGCUUUGGUAUUCUUUUGACGGAAACAUUUACCGCAACAAGGCCAACGGAAGAAAUGAACAGGAGGAGCUGGAUAUGCCAUUCAUUACAAGUAGUUGACACAGUUGUAGAUCUCAAUUUCGUGCACGCUGGUGAAGAACACUUAGCAGCUGCUACAAGAAGAUGUUUACGUUUGAUCCUGGAAUUGGCUUAUUGUUGCACUGCAGAGUUAUCUGAUGAGAGGAAGACUAUGAGAGAAAUUGAAUCGGAGCUUGUGAGGAUCAAAAAAUGGUUCUUAAGUGAUAACUGACAAGAAAUGGUUCUAAUAUCCCACCACUGUCCCCUCAAAAAACAAAAAAAAUACCACCACUGAGAUUUUUC